CUCGGCACCGCUGCGUUCGGCUCCUGCUGCGCAUCGCUCAUCUUCCCCGCCACCGGCUGAAGGCUGCUGGACGGCGGACUGAACCUGCGGCUGGUGCUGGGAUCUACCGGAAUGCGCAUCACAACAAUGUCAGCAAAGAUGAGCAACAGUACUGCGAGCCCCAUGGCAGCCGGCUCCAGCAGCACCACGGCCGGACGGGGAACCGGAAGAGCCACCAGCUUCAUUCCGGAGCUCCAGAGCAUGAUGUUUGCUCUUGGUGACUCUCGAAGACCCUUGCACGAGACCGCCGCCCUGGUGGAAGACAUAGUGCACACCCAGCUCAUCAAUCUCCUCCAUCAGGCAGCUGACGUGACUCUCCUCCGAGGAGCCCGUGUCAUCUCACCAGAAGAUAUCAUCUUCCUCAUGAGGAAAGACAAGAAAAAGUUACUGAGGCUGCUGAAGUACAUGCAGUUCAGAGACUACAAAUCCAAAAUUCUUAAAACCAUCGAUGAUGAAGAACCGCUGGAUACAGACAAAUUCAGCAGCUGUAGUACCAACAAGAGACAGCGUCUGGCGCAGGACUUCCUGAGCAUCAUCGACCAGACAGGUGAAUUCUUGUCUCUGGUGGAGGAGGAGGAGGUGGAUGAAGUCAAGCAGGAACGAAUGGAGAGAAUUGAGAAAAUGACCAGAAACAUGGAUAGCAAUCAGUACAGUGAUUUCUGCGAGAGUCGACAGUUAAGUUUUUCUAAGAAGGCCUCGAAAUUCCGCGAAUGGCUGGAUUGCAGUAGUUUGGAUCUCAAGCCCAACGCCAUGUCCAUGGAGAUCCUUUCAUAUCUGGCCUAUGAAACUGUAGCCCAGGUUGUUGAUCUUGCCCUGUUGGUUAAACAAGAUAUGACUCCUAAAACAGGAGAUCCUUUCCAGCGUGCCAUAUCUGCCACCUUCAUCCAAUACGGAAACUCUUCUACAGAGGCUGGAGCCACCAAAAGAGAGACGGAUUCUCCAGAGAACACCCCACCCUCCACCCCGAGCGUUCCUCUGACCGCAGGACAUCAGAGUAAAAUUCACUCCACAACACAGGGUAAUGGAGGACUCACACAGGACGGCAGCAGUAAAGUUAAACAGAGGAAGAGGAAAAAGAGCUCACCGGCCUGUGGCGCAGAGUCUCAGAGCAAUGCCAUCCAACCCACCCACAUCAGAGAAGCCAUCAGGCGCUACAGCCACAAGAUUGGCCCGCUCUCCCCCUUCUCAAGUGCCUACCGCAGGAACGGGAUGACGUUCCUGGCCUGCUGAACUUCUGUAGGAAUACAACCGAGGUGGACCAUAAACGGGAGAUGCCCGUCUCAUCUGAACCCUCCGGACAGCGUUUCUCUACCAUAAGUCUGUCUGUUUACAGGUUCAUUUAGACAGAAAACCCUGCCACAUGUCUCCACGUUUGGGUGUAAUUCAUGUAAAAGCUAGUUUAUUUGGCAUGUUUAUUUUUUAUUACUUUACUUUGCUGGAGGUUUCAAAUUAGUUUUGGUCGAAUAAUUUCACCUGUUUACAUGAUUGUGUGUACAGCCAAUACCUGAUGUUUCAAGACUUUUUUUGUCUUUUAUGUAAAAUGUUUAAACUUCCAUUUGAUACGUUCUUAUUUGACGUUAAGAUUAAAAAUGUUUUACUUUUA